GGGCGGCACCAACGGAAGAUUCUCCUAUUUUUAUUUUCUUUUAAAUAAUAGUAAUAUGUUAUGAACACCGCUGACUCAGAAUGCAUCACUGUCGUCUCUUAAUUGGAGUCCUUAUCAAUCAUUGAAAAUAAUCCAUACCCACUUGGAUUUUUAGCCCUCUAGGGUGUUUUUGAAAUCUGUAGGGCUUUUGAAUUUUUUGCUCACGACUUGUUGCUUCCUUUCAUUAAUGGAAUCUGGGUUUUUUUUUUUUUGGAAUUAAUAGGGCUUUUAAGAGUUUCUGGGUUCUGCUAAAAGUUGCAGAUUAGUCUUCGUUUCUUCUGCAUUGUACUUUAGAUUUUUGUAUAUUUAUUGGGGAAAUAGAGUUCGUCAUCAAUCUUGGGUUUUCUCCCUACUACGUCUUAACUUCUGCAGACACAACGGAUCUAAGAGCAACUCGCUAAAAGCGAAGAAGGGAGAUCAGAAGAAGAGGAAGAAGGAGAAAGAUCUAACAGUAGUAGUAGAACACAGUACUUGUUUCCCGAAGGGUCAGGUGCUGAGAAAUGUUCAUUUCCACUGAGAAUGAAGAGAUCUCAUUGCCUUCAGAGUAUGUUGGGGAGUCCUUGAAAUCAUUCGCCAUGGGGUCGAACUCAGAUUCUCUUGAUGGACUUCCACUGGCUUCCGAGCUGGAUUCACCCCCACUUCCCGCCAUUUAUACCGAUGUCAAUGUUGUUCCAGAGCACGAAAAGAAUGAGCUCCGGAAGACUAUAACUAAUCUAGAAGGAGAACUUGUGGGAUUGAAGCUAAAACAGAGAUCCUCAGAUGAAAAACGAAGAGAAGCAUUGAAUAAGAUACUGGAUAUUAAGGGUAGUAUUAGAGUAUUUUGUCGCAUUCGACCAUUUAUAUUGAUGGACAAGAGGAGAAUUCGCGAACCCAUUUCUGCUGGAGAAGAGAAAAUUGUGGUGAGAUUGGCUGGGAGUAGGAAAGAAUUUGGAUUCGAUAAGGUGUUCACCCAACAAGCUUCCCAAGAAGAUGUUUUUCUCGAGGUUGAACCGAUCCUCAGAUCUGCUCUUGAUGGGCACAAUGUAUGUGUUUUAGCAUAUGGUCAAACCGGCACUGGAAAGACGUUUACAAUGGACGGAACAAACGACCAUCCAGGGAUUGUACCUCGAGCUCUUGAAGAGCUCUUUCAUCAAACAUCUUUGGAUGGUUCAGUUUCAGUUACAUUUUCAAUGAGCAUGGUGGAGGUUUACAUGGGAAAUCUCAGGGAUCUUCUUGCUCCAAAAACAUACUAUAAAUCUUAUGAAACCAUGCCAAGAUGCAAUCUCAACAUUCAAACAGAUCCAAAAGGUUUUGUGGAUAUUGAAGGCCUCACAGAAGUGCAAAUCUCAGACGUCACAAAAGCGAGUUGGUGGUACACCAAGGGAAAACGGGUUAGGUCUACAUCAUGGACUAAUGUGAACGAAGCAUCUAGCAGAUCACAUUGCUUAACGAGGAUCACUAUUUGUCAACGCCGGGAUCCUUCGAAAGGUAGAUCAGAAAUAAGCAAAUUGUGGAUGGUUGAUCUCGGGGGAAGUGAGCGAUUAUUGAAAACAGGGGCCAUUGGACAAACACUUGAUGAGGGAAGGGCCAUAAAUCUCUCACUUUCAGCUCUAAGUGAUGUUAUUGCAGCCCUCAGAAGAAAACGAGGCCAUAUUCCUUUUAGAAAUAGCAAGCUGACUCAGAUUCUUAAAGAUUCCCUAGGUCAUGGUUCCAAGGUAUUAUUGCUUGUGCAUAUAAGCCCAUGUGAAGAUGAUGUUGGGGAGACUACUUGUUCUUUGAGUUUUGCAAAGAGAGCAAGGGCAAUAGAGUCCAUUAGAGAACUACCCACGGAGUUGAAAAAGCAGAAGGAAAAAAGGAUUGCUGAACUUGAAGAAAAGAUGAGAGAAGCUGAAGAAGAAUGUCGAAAAGUUGGAAGUCAAAUAAGAAAAGCUGAGUUUCUUUUGGAUGAAAACAAAAAGUUGUUCUCCACCACUUACGGGCUACUUGAUGAUGGGGAAAAGACACCCAGAAGUCCCAAAGAAGAUUUUAGAGGAGUACCAGGAACCCCACGAGCAUCUGAGAAAGUAAUUAGAAGAAAAACUUGUAAUUCAAUCCCUCGGUUCAUGACUUCCACUGCCGCCAGUCGCCAAAGAGAAAGUGCAGCAGAAAAGGAAAUUGAUGGUAGGGAAAGAUCUUUGAGGUCGUGGUCUAGAAAUUCAAUUCAAUUUUCUGGUUCCCAGUCCAUCAGUUAUACAGAUCCUCGUUUCAAAGCGAUUUUGCGAAAUUCGAAUGAAAAAUCUCAACAUGGGUUGGCAAACCCUACCCUCUCAGAGAGUCCUAAAUGCAAUGGCAUGGAGUCCAAAGUGUACUCCCUUCCGCGAAGCAAGAUGGUCACUUCUUCCAAUCCAAACUUGAGAGUUACAUUUUGUCGCCACCGAAGGAGGAUGUCUGAUCUAAUCUAAGUCCAAUAACUCUAAUUGUGAUUCUUUGCGCUUUUGUAAAAUGUGUGCUGAUUUUUUUCAUUUAUUAUUUUUAUUUUUUUGGGUUGUUGAUUAGGAAGUCUCGUCAGAAUGAAUAGUGUUUAUGAUUGUGGAGGGUUGGUUUGUUUUUAGACCUGUUGGGAUCUGUAAACUAAAUGUUUACAUGGGAUCCUUUUAACCCUUGAAGUUAUCUUGGGCUUGGUGGGAUUUGUCAAAUGACUUGUUUGCAUGACAUUUGUAACCUGCAUGAUAUUUGUAACAUUGUGAUGAAACUUAUAUGAAGAACUUCAGAUAUUGAGUGAAUCA